GCUGGGGAUCUUUGACAAUGUCAUUAGCAGAUGCGGCAGCUAAAAUGACACUGAAAGAGAACGGUCGAGUAGUCUAUGUUUGUGAGGUGCAAGGGCACGACGUGGAGGGUAAUGGUACGGAAAAAAUGCCAUUUCGCUCCGCGUUGCGGGCCUUCGAGAGCGUGAGCGGGAACGGGGAGAUCAUACUUCGCAAAUCGCUAGAGGAGGGGUAUCAGCCUUUGGGCAAGACAGCUUUGAAGAAGACGCAGAAGCUAUACGAGACCAAUCAGAAGAAGGCACAAAAAGCGGCGGAACGUGCCGCUCAGGAUGCAGCCAACGCUGAGAAGAACGCAGCCGCUGAAGCGGCGCGUUUGGAAGCAGCACAGAAAGUAGUAUUAGAAGAGGAUAAGUCCUUGCCAGAAGCACAAAAGAUCAAAAUACGAGACGCGACGGAGCACCGUGGGAAACGUAUCAAGGUCUCCGGUUGGGUCCACCGACACCGUGUUCAAGGGAAAGAUAUAGCCUUUAUUGUUCUUCGCGAUGGGACUGGAUUUUUGCAGUGUGUCCUAACAGGCAAACAGUGUCACACAUACGAUGCAAUCACUCUGACCAUCGAAUCUACGGUGGCGAUUUAUGGUGUUCUCCAAGUUGUCCCUGAAGGCAAAACCGCGCCUGGUGGGCAUGAACUUCAAGCAGACUAUUGGGAAGUUCUGGGCAAGGCGCCCGGUGGCGAUGAAGCAUUUGGUAACAGACUCAACACGGAAUCGAGUCCCGAUAUUCUAUUGGAUCAACGACACCUGGUCAUUCGUGGAGAAACUGCGUCGAGCGUUUUGAAAAUGCGCUCUCUCGUUCUCAAGGCAUUCCGUGACUACUUUGACUCCCGGAACGUUGUUGAGGUAACACCACCCCUCAUGGUGCAAACGCAGGUUGAAGGUGGCAGCACACUUUUUGACUUCCAGUACUAUGGAGAAACGGCAUAUCUCACGCAAUCAUCUCAGCUGUACUUGGAAACAUGCCUGGCAUCUUUAGGUGACGUUUACUGUAUGGCAGAAUCCUUCCGCGCCGAAAAAUCGCACACUCGCCGUCACUUGUCAGAAUACACACAUUGCGAAGCUGAACUGUCUUUCAUCAACUUCGAGGAUCUACUGAACUUCAUUGAAGAUAUGAUUGUCUCUGUUAUGGAGCGUGUGACAAAUGAUCCACUGGGUAGCCAAAUCCUGAAGGAGCUUAACCCAGAUUUCAAAGCACCGAAGAAACCUUUCCGACGGAUGAACUACGCAGAUGCCAUCAAAUGGCUGAACGAGCAUGGCAUCAAGAAGGACGUACUUGAUGAGCAAGGCAAUAAAAUUGGCGAGGCCGACUACGAAUUUGGAGAGGACAUUCCGGAGGCCCCUGAACGUCGUAUGACUGACACAAUUGGGGAACCUAUCCUUCUCUGCAGAUUCCCGACUGAGAUCAAAAGUUUCUAUAUGAAACGGUGCCCGGAGAAUCGCCAAUUGACAGAAAGUGUUGAUGUUCUGAUGCCUAACGUCGGAGAAAUUGUAGGCGGGAGUAUGAGGAUUACGAACUUUGAAGAACUCGCUGAAGGGUACAAGCGGGAAGGCAUUGACCCCACCCCGUACUACUGGUAUACCGAUCAGCGCAAAUAUGGUACCUGCGAGCAUGGCGGAUUUGGCUUGGGUAUAGAGCGGUUCCUUGCAUGGCUGCUUAACCGAUACACCGUCCGUGAGGUGUGCUUGUACCCCCGUUUCAUGGGCCGUUGUCAGCCAUAGAUUAUCAAAGAAUGACUCCUAUAUAUUCAAAGAGCGUAAACAAAAGAUCGUAUCCUGCGCAUAUCGAUAGAUUGGCAGUGUAUGUGAUCCAAUCAAGAGCAAAGAUAGAGUAGCCCGUUACGGUGUGAUGCAUAUGGUCAUAUGAGUUCUAGUAGUGACUACUGAGAUAAAUGGCAGGUUCUCGAAUGACACUGAAUAGUCGAAUGCAAACAGAAGCGAAGCCAGCUAUACUACGUCAACA